AUGGAUAACAAUCUACAAGUAGUGUCAAAGAGAGUGUGGAAAAUGGUACGUGUUGUCUUCUUCAUGUUGAGAAAAGGCAUAUCAAAAGGCAAACUAAUGGUAAACUUAAACAUGAUAUUCAAACGCCGUAGCAAGCUCGCCGGAAAAGUUAUUGCCAAUCUAAUGUCCCACAAUCACCACCACGGAGGCUCCACCUCAAACCGCCACUCCCACGACUCACAGCGGCAAUUCACUUUCUCAAGGGAUUACGAAUUCAGCUGUAGCGACACUACCGACAACUUGUUCUCAAACGGGAAGCGUCACCAUAAAUACAAUGAUCAAGCGGCACUUGCAGAUGAUGAUGAGGUGACGACUAUGAAUGCAAUGAAGGCAGUAAUGGAUAUGCUUAACAAUGAUAAAACAAUUGCAGAAGCAUCUCAUGCACUGAAACUGAGUUACUCACCAUUCCCUUUAAGAUAUGACGAUGAGAAGGACAAUCAAGUUGAUAAGGCUGCAGAAGAUUUCAUAAAAAGGUUUUAUAGCCAGCUCAGGAAGCAAGUUUGA